UCUCCGCCGCCUGUUCAUGUUACAAACGCCGAGGAGCAGGAGCCGCCCUGGUGCCCAGCCCGGAAGCGGCAGCGACCGUGAUCUGGGUGCCUCUGGGGAGGUCCUGAGUGGGCCCAGACGCCCCGAUGCCUCGCAGGGCAGUGCAGGCGCCUUGUCGCCGAGCUCCCGCCCGGCCCAGGCCACUCCCGCCCCGGAACUCCGGACCCAGAAACAGCUGGAGUUGAAGGUGGCAGAGCUGGUGCAGUUCUUGCUGAUUAAGGACCAGCGGAAGAUCCCCAUCAAGCGGACCGGUAUCCUGAAGCACGUCAUCCGUGACUACAAGGACAUCUUCCCAGACCUGCUCAAGCUGGCUGCCGAGCGGCUCCACUAUGUGUUCGGGUACAAACUGGUAGAACUCGAACCCAAGAGCAACGCCUACAUCCUCAUCAACACCCUGGAGCCCGUGGAGGAGGAUGCUGAGAUGAGAGGCGACCAGGGAACGCCCACAACCGGCCUCCUGAUGAUUAUUUUAGGGCUCAUCUUUAUGAAUGGCCACAGCAUCCCGGAAACCGAAGUCUGGGAUUUUCUUCGUCGUUUGGGGGUGUAUCCCACCAAGAAGCAUUCAGUUUUCGGAGAUCCGAAGAAACUCAUUACUGAAGACUUCGUGAGACAGCGUUACCUGGAGUCCCGACGGAUACCCCACACAGAUCCCGUGGACUGUGAGCUCCAGUGGGGUCCACGAGCAAAUCUGGAAACCAGUAAGAUGAAAGUUCUUAAAUUUGUGGCCAAAGUCCACAAUCAAGAUCCCAAGAACUGGCCCACGCAGUACUGUGAGGCUUUGGCAGACGAGCAGAGCAGGGUCGGACCGGAACCCAGCGGUCCAGUCGCAGCUUCUUGA